GGUUGAUGGUGGCUUUUUUUUCCCCCCCUCUCAGGGAGCGCUCAAAGGAAGAGGGUAAGCUCAGUAAGCAAAGAAAGUCCCCAGUGUAAGUGUACUGAGAUUUCUGAUGAAAUCAAGAAAAAGAGUAUUUGUACAAUGUCAAAAAAGGAAGACAUUCUUUUGGGAAAGAUCAAACUUAUGAUUGUUGAGCGAAUGGAUAUUUUAAAUAAUGGCUUCUUCAAUCAAAAACUAGAAAGUCUAAAUAGAAGAAUUGAAAAAGUACAAUGCAAAAAAAACCACGAGGAAAUAACUAAAACAUUCCUAAAGAAAAUAUCAAAACUUGAGAGAUGUAUUAAUGCUGCGAUAGCAUUUCAGGAGGAAUCGUUCUCAAAAACUGCAGUUCGUCAGAUAAUGCUUCCACGUGCAGAUUAUCAAAAUACAGUACUAAACCAGCUUAGACCCUCUGCUUUCUCUCCUGGUAUCAUAAAUAUACCAGCAAGUUCCUCAAAUACACUUUUACUAUCACCUUUCACUGGUUUCACUGCAGCACAUGUUUCAGAAUAUAUAAGUUCUGAUGAAGUCAUACUGGUCUCUGUGGAAAACCAAAAUUCAGCAGCUGCAAAUUUUUCAGCUAUUAGAAAUAAUCAAAUAUCUACACAAGCAGAAAUGUCAGCAACAGUUCAGAGUGAAAUGAAGGAAAGAAAACUCAAAGUGGUCGAUCUAACAGAAGAAAACCACAAUUGUAGUGAAGGCAGAACAGAAAAAAUCAGAAAUAUUUCUCGAACAAACAGUUCAAAGCCAGUGUACCUCAAUUAAGGGUUCCUAAUGCUGAGAGAAGAAACGUCAGAUGAGACUUCCAAGCAAUUUCCCCAUCUUCCUCCACUGCCAAGGAUCCCUCUUUGUCCAGAGCUUGCUGAAGAAUUCAAAGACCCUCCUCAGAAUCCUGAAACUAGACGUGGCUUAUGUGCAAAAUCCGAAGGGCACUGCACUAUCAUGGAUGUGUGCUUCCCUGUCUUAUCACUUCUGUCUGUCCCAUGAAAACCUUAGUAACAAUUCUGCAUCACAUUGGAAGAAAAUAGGCAAAAUAAGGCCUUUGCCACUUCCAAUGGCUUGCUGUUUAGCACAGGUUAUCAUCCCACAGAAGUACUACUUUGUCAUUCAAUGAAAAGAUAUAUGUGAAUGUUACAGACCAUUUUGUGAUGUACAAUCUAUAACGCCUUAAAAAACUCUUUAGAAGACCCAGACUACCUUAACAAGUGGUCUGCUAUUAUUCCGCUAUUAAGUACUAUAUUUUUGCUUGCAGUGAAUUUGAGUAAAAGCAUUAUCUCUGCUGCAGACAGUGUUGAUUUCCUUGUUUCCUACUUGUUACAGUCUGUUAUGAACUUUAUUCUGUUAAUUUUUUAAGGUUGUUUCUACAGCCUUGAAAAUAAAGUCUUGUUUUUAAAACUAA